AUGAGCUUCGGAUAUGGUGUCGGGGACUUCCUCGCUGUAGUGAAACUCGCCAAGGCCAUCAGGGUGCGCUUUGUUAGUGCACCAGACCAAUUCAGACAUAUUUCAGAAGCUUCAAAGACCUUGUGCAAUGUCCUCCGCGAUAUCAAAGACAUCUACGAGCAAGCGGAGCUUGAUUCCCAGCAGGAGAAACACCUAGACGAAAUCUCUCGCUCUUGCCGUAGUGGACUUAAUGAACUACUCAGCAAAUUAGACAAAUACCAGGAGUUGGACCCUGGCACUAACAGCCUAGGGGGCACCUGUCGUCGCGUCUGGAAAAGACUCAAAUGGGACCAAGCUGAGAUGGCUGAGAUUUGUCAGAGGAUACAGUCCAAUGUUCAAAUCUUUAAUCUCUUCAGUACUAGUCUGACUAGUCAAGUAGCCUUUACUACAAACGAGCUCGUUCACCGAGUUAACAACACCAUGGAAGACAAAGCUCAGCAUAAACUCCUUGAAUGGCUUACGACCGUCAACUAUGCAACUCAGCAAGGUGAAUAUUUCAAACGUCGGCAAGAGGGUACCGGUAAGUGGCUACUAGGCACGGACAAGUUUCAGCAGUGGAUUAACAACGAAAAUAAAAAUAUCCUGUGCACGGGCAUACCUGGAGCUGGAAAGACAAUGCUUACUGCUAUUGUCAUCAAACAUCUUGAAGAGAAGUGUGAACACGACCGAAGUGUUGGUCUCGCCUACAUAUACUGCAACUUUCGGCGCCACCAUGAGCAGAGUGUGGACAAUAUACUUGCGAGUCUGAUAAAGCAAUUGUGUCAAAGAAUGUCGUCCCUUCCCGGGGAUAUAAAGACCCUAUAUGCGCAACACAAGAAACUUCAGACACGGCCGGAACUCGACGAACUUUUCGAGAGCCUAUCCGUUCUGCUUGGUCACUUCUCGAGGAUCUUCAUAGUGGUGGACGCCCUUGAUGAAUAUUCAUCUAGGGAUGAAGCGCUACGCAGGCUGUUAUCCGAGUUAUUUCGUCUGCAGAGCAACAGCACAGUUAGCAUAUUCGCUACGUCACGGCAUAGCCCGGUCAUCCAGUCGGCAUUCGAUGGUUGCUUACAGCAAGAAAUUUCUGCUGCCGCUGAAGAUGUAGAGGCAUAUCUGCGAGAUCACAUGUCCGAUCUGUCAAGGGUCGUGCUAGGAAACAAUAAGCUACAGGACGAAAUAGUUGAAGCAAUUAUAAAAACAGUGGAUGGAAUGUUUCUUCUUGCCCAACUCCACCUUGACUCAUUGAGAGGAAAGCUCUCGGUAACGGCGGUUAAGAAAACACUAGAGAAACUGCCAACUGGAACUGACGCGUACGAUGUUGCAUAUGAAGAAGCCUUGGAGCGGAUUAAUGGGAAGACGGCGGGAGAAAGAGAGUUGGCAUUUCAGAUUCUUGCAUGGAUCACCUGCGCUCGGGUGCCGCUGAAGAUAGAACAGCUUCAAUAUGGCCUUGCAGUCGAGCCCGACGAGGCAGAGUUUGAUCCUGAUAAUCUUCCUGACGCGCAAGACAUGGUCGCUGUUUGUGCUGGCUUGGUAACUAUAGACGAAAAUUGUCGUAUCAUUCGCUUAGUCCAUCAUACCGCACAGGAGUAUCUCGAGAGAUCCCAGACAAAGUGGUUUCCCCGAGCGCACUAUGACAUGGCAAGAGCCUGCAUGGCAUACUUGCUGCAUUCCCUUGCCCUUGCAGAACCCGGAUUGGUACACAGCCUUCUCCGAGACAAGAAGAAGGUCUGGAAUUGUGCUCAAGCCUUAAUGACGUCACGGGGCGAGAUAGAUGUUAUUGAACGGCACGAGCAGAUGCCAGAAACGGUGACAGAAGCUCACUUGGUUGCAUAUCUUGGGCCAGAAAGUGCGCUGAGGGAGCUGAUAAAAGCCGGAUAUCCCUAUGAUGCUCUUGAUGCUGCCAACAGAUCUCCACUAUUUUGGGCAGCAGAGAAUGGCCAGGAGGGGGCAGCCAGAUCUUUGAUCGAACAAGGACUCGUUCCAGAUCAACAAGACCAGUGGGGAUUUACUCCCCUUGCGCUAGCAGCAAAAUAUGGCCAUUUCGAGGUUGUGAAGUUACUCUUGGACAAUGGAGCCAGUCCAGAUUUAAGGAGCAACGAUGGCCGAACCCCUUUGAUGCUUUGUUGUGACAAAGGCCAUAACUAUGGCAGCGCUUGCAAUAAAUAUCGAAUUGGUGAACUUGAAUGUCACGAUAGGGUAGUCGCACUUUUGCUCGAGGCAAAUUGUGACCCUAAUAUAAGAGAUGAAUAUGGCUUGUCCGCGCCCAACUACGCCUUUGCUAGAGGACGCAUGCGACUUCUUAAACUAAUAAAACUAUACUCGGAUGAUUCUCUUAUCAAGGAUAAUGCAGGUCAUACACCGCUAUUCAACGCAGCCAAAUAUUGGGGUGCGGUUGUUGUUCUAACGUUGCUCACCCAUGGGUUCUAUCCGAACCACAUGAAUGAUUCCGGCGUGACUUCGUUGUUGUUCGCUUCUUCCCACAAGCUUUAUGAUGUUGUUAGGGCACUAUUAGACAAUGGGGCUUACCAUGGCGCUGAUUCUAACCUCGCUGAUCAACAAUUUGGUCGACCUCCUUUGGUAUGGGCAGCGCAGAGAGAUCUUGCUUCGAUGAUGGAAGCAUUGUUGCGCAGAGGGGUUACGCAGACAGCCAGGACCGUAACGGUUAGACGGCUCUGUGGUUUGCGACUUCUGCACGACCAAAUCGCGCUACUUCUCUCGAGUUUUAUAAUGGAGACCAACGUGGCCAUCAAGGAAUCUGUCUGCACCUCAAAUCAGCCAGAGAACGCUCCUCUCAUUCCUUCUCGCGCAACAGAACCGCAAGAAACGGGAAAGCCACCUGUCAAAUUGUAGCAUCAUUUCACAUAUCUGUGAGGAUGCCCUAAAUCAUCGGUGC